AUGUCGACAGUCGUACCGGAGAUCCUUUGGGCUCAGCGCUCAUCUGCCGACGAGGCCGAAAAGAACGUUGUCAUGCUUACCAUCAACGUCCCCAACCUGCCCGCUCCACCAGCGACCAAGUUCGACCUCACCUCGACCGGCUUCACUUUCAACGCCUCGGUGGGCGACGAGUCCAACAACAUCGCCUCCAAGACCUACUCGUUUUCGCUCGAGUUCUUUGAUGAGAUCGACGUCGAGGCGAGCAAGACGCAUCUCAACUCCAAGUGUCUCUAUGCCGUGCUGCGCAAGAAGGAGGCAAAGGAAGAGUACUGGCCGCGUUUGACCAAGGACAAGAUCCGCCUGCACAAUGUCAAGACCGACUUUGACAAGUGGGUCGACGAGGACGAGCAGAACGAUGCCGAGGAAGACCUGAGCGGCGGUAUGGGUGGUAUGGGUGGCAUGGGUGGCAUGGGUGGAAUGGGCGGUAUGGACCCGUCCAUGAUGGGCAUGGGUGGCGCUGGCGGGAUGGAUCUGCAGAGCAUGAUGGCCCAGAUGGGCGGCGGCAUGCCCGGUAUGGGUGGCAUGCCUGACUUUGGCGCCGAGGACGACGAGGGCGACGAGGGCAAUGUUGAGGAUGCCCCUGCCGCCGCUGCUGAGGAGGCCAAGUAG